AUGUCCCUUUCUUUUGCUGUCAUCGUGUUUUUUGGAGUGGCGGUGCGGUUACACGAUCAGAAAACAAACUGGAACGACAGAAGUAUGACCACAGGAAGAGAGAAAACAUUACCCAAAGGAAAAUGUAUAGAUGGGCAGAAAGAAAGGUACACUGACAGAAGUGGCUGGUGGAGAAACACUAUUAAGGACUAUCCCAUUCCUGGCAGUUACCACAUUCGGGACUUCAUAGAGGAGACAGAACUUAACCCUGUGCCUAGGACGUAUGGCUUCAAAGGCCCCAAGCGAAACACCCUGAUGUCGAUUGUACAUCGAGGGGACGUGCUAUUGCCCGGGGCAUAUAACUUCACCGACUCAACCAGUGAGGUUCUGCAGCGCCAGGCAACGUACUCUUUCAAAAGCUGCCCCAGACCUGACAUCCACACUUUGGGCCUCAGGGAUAAGGAUAUUAACCUCUCACCCGGUCAGUAUGAUGUUACGGAGAAGCCUGUCCCCAAAUCACCUUGCAAGCAUGUGAUGUUCCGAUCAGCCGUACAGAGGGUCAGCUUUCUCCCGAAAGAGGGACCAGCACCUGGACAUUACAACCCAAGGCAAAGCGCAGGCGUUGCAGUCACAUCCUGCUUCAGGUCUACUGUACCACGGCUGUACAGUGUGCACUCGGGAACUCCAGGACCAGGUGUGUAUGAGCCCACGUGGCACAGAGGUCAGCGGCUUAGCACUGAUGUCAAAGUGGACUGGGCCCAUGACCUCCUUUUUCGCAACAUACCAUGAACUUUUUUUUGUCUUUGACCUUCCCAUAUAUAUUCAUUUAAUUCAAAUUUCCCAUUCUUUGUAAGUUAAGUGUUCCCAGGUUUAGUGUUGAAAUAAUGUUAGCUGUUGUUUUAACAUCGAAAAUGUUCUGAAUUUUUUUUUUUUUAGUUACAUAAACAAGAUAUUUGAACAUUGAGACAUUGCAUAUUAUCAUCGAUUCAAUCUGAAAAAUCAAAACAAAGAUGAACACUGAUUCAACAUUGAUCCAUGACGUUGCUUCACGCUUGAAUAAUUGUUGAAAUGCUUGCUGGGUUGUCUCGCAAAAGGGUACAAAUCAACCAAAACCAAAACUUUUUAUUUUAAAAAAAAUCUACUUUUCAAAUUUAAGAUUGAAAUUCACUACUGGUUCACAUUCAAUACAUUUACAUAGCACUUUAUUUUCUCAAGGGAAGGUCUCAAUUAAUAUGUCUGCUAUAUGAACUGACCCGCCGUAUGAUCCACAAAGCUUUGUGAUGACUCUCACACUCACAUAACUCAUUCAGCCAAAACAAAGAGGUCAGUGUCACACAACAAAACAGCUGUUUACAACGCUAUCACACCAAUAGCUAGAUUAACUCCAUCAGUAAAAUGCAUGCAUCUCGUGCCUACGGCUGAACCACUGCCGUGCUGAAAUAGAGCGUUAUCACACGGCUACUCGUGUGAUUUUACUCAUUUAUAUUGUUUUUUUAAAGUCGAUAAGCAAGAAGAGACACCAAAACCAUUGGUGUCAAUUCAACAACUGCACAAAGUCAGUAUAAAAUUAGUAUACCCGCGCCAAGGAUAAUAAAGUGUUAUUGUGCUAAAAUGGUGAACAUUUCCAUUCUUCCUAAAAUAGACUGUGAACGAGACUAGUGUGCAGUCAGGGGACGCUGUAGGGAUUCAUGCAAUCGCACAAGUGCUUUCUAAGGGUCAUGUUCAGAGUCAAUAUCAGACGAGACAAAAGUGGUUGGAGGCCUUGUAUCAUUUUACAUUGCAAUGGACAGGUGCUGGUACUACAUCACAGGUCUAUUAUAUGACUCAUAAUACUUUAAAGAGGAUGUUCUGGGUUCAGGUUUGUGAAAUAUGAACAGUGCAAAUUAUGAAAAAGCCCUCUUUUUUCCCUCC